AUGAAUCUAAACGUAGACGAUUUGGACGCACGAGCAUUUCAGCUCGUCCCUGGACCGAAGAGCAGGUAUUUUCAAGUGGAUCUUAAAACUGGUGCUUUGUGCGUUAGGGAAAGGAUUGAUCGCGAGGAGCUCUGUGCUAAUUUCCUCACUUGCUCUUUAAAUUUUGAAGCUUUAGUGAAUCAUCCUCUGAGUCUUUACCGAAUCACGGUUAAUGUUGUAGACGUGAAUGAUCAUUAUCCUGUGUUUCCAGUGAAAGCUCAGAUGCUGAAUAUAUCUGAGUCAGUCCAGUUGGGAGCUAGAUUUUCGUUACUCAGUGCAUUCGAUGCUGAUGUUGGUUCUCUGUCAGUAAAAAACUAUAAACUUACUCCAAACGAACACUUUUCGUUAGAUGUGAACAGCGGUGAAAAGCACAUCAUGUCUGCUGAACUUGUUCUUCGGAAAGCUUUAGACCGAGAAAAAGAACCCGUUAUCAGGCUCAUUUUGACCGCUUUUGAUGGAGGGAAACCUCCAAGAUCCGGUUCACUGCAGAUUAUGGUCAGUGUUUUAGACAUAAAUGACAACGCCCCAGUGUUUAGCAGCUCUCUUUUCAAAGUUCGAGUGACUGAGAAUGCACCACCAGGAACUACAAUCAUUAAGAUAAAUGCCACCGACGUAGACGAAGGCUUAAACGGGGAAAUUAAAUAUAUUUUUAGUACUCAGGGCCAGGAAAAUAAUCUGGGUCCAUUUUUAAUUAAUGCCGAGACUGGCGAAAUAAUAGUAAAGGGCAUCGUUGAUUUUGAAGAUAAAGCUUUCCAUGAGUUAAGAGUGGAAGCACAUGAUAAAGGCCUUUCCCCAAUGACAGCUAACUGUAAAGUGCUGGUUGAAAUAAUAGAUGUUAACGAUAACGCACCAGAAAUGAGCAUAACGCAGCUACUGAUGAGUCUAAGGGAAGAUGCUAAACGUGGCACUGCUGUAGCACUCGUUACCGUUUCAGAUAAGGAUGGAGAAACCAAUGGGAAAGUGAGCUGCAGGCUGAUUGGUGAACUGCCAUUUAAACUUGAGUCGAACUAUAAAAACUACUACUCGGUUGUACUUGACGGUCAGCUCGACAGAGAAAACAUUUCUCAGUACAAUGUAACUAUUCUAGCGACAGAUGAAGGAAAUCCGCCGCUCUUCAGCGCCGCAGGGGUUCACGUUCACAUUUUGGAUGUGAAUGACAACGCUCCGAUUUUUAGCAAGACAAAAAUAAGUGUGUAUGUUAAAGAAAACCUGCCGCCUGGGACACUUCUGUACUCACUUUCAGCGAUGGAUCUAGAUUCGAACGAAAACGCUGAAAUUUCAUAUUCGAUUUUGGAAGGCAAAUCAGCCGCGUCGUCCGCCUUAAGUAUUAACUCUAUGACGGGCCAACUUUAUAGUCUGCAGUCCUUUAAUUACGAGGAAACUAAGAUUUUCAGUUUUCAAGUUCAGGCUGUAGACUCUGGUGUUCCUCCUCUUAACAGCACAGUCAAAAUAAACGUCUUCAUCCUGGAUGAGAAUGACAACAUUCCUAUAAUUUUACCUCCUUAUUCUGACUCUGGAUCAGUAAACAAUGAGAAUAUCCCCUACUCUGCUGAAGCGGGAUAUUUUGUGGCUAAAGUCAGAGCCGUAGAUGCUGAUUCAGGAUAUAAUGCACUAUUAUCUUAUCACAUAACCGAACCAAAGGGAUCAAAUCUUUUCCGAAUCGGAACCAGCACAGGAGAAAUAAGGACUAAAAGACGAAUGAGUGACAAUGACUUAAAAACUCACUCGCUUAUUAUUGCUGUCUCGGAUCAUGGAGAACCUUCACUGUCCACAACUAUAAGUAUUGAAAUUGUGGUUAUGGAAAAUAUGGAUGAUGUGCGGCCGUCUCUAAAGCAAAUGUCGAUUACAAAUGACAAUUUUAUUAAUCUGAAUCUCUAUCUGCUAAUUGCUGUUGUCUCAGUGUCCAUUAUAUUUUUACUGAGCCUCAUCGCAUUAAUAGCAGCUAAAUGCUACAGGACAGACGGUGCUUUCAGCAUCUCCAGUGCUCCAGUGGUCACUACACACCCUGACGGGAGCUGGUCUUACUCUAAAUCCAAUCAACAGUAUGAUGUGUGUUUUAGCUCAGACACACUGAAGAGUGAUGUAGUGGUUUUCCCCUCGCCGUUUCCGCCUGCAGACGCAGAGCUGAUUAAAGGAGGAGACACUUUUAACAGGACACAAAGUCUUCCUAGCACUGGGAAGGUGAGCACAGCUUUAGUUGGCAUGUUUUUAACCGCAGUAUUUUGA